CCCUCAGUGCUUUAUAAGCAAGAGCUGGCUCAAGAAAGAACCGACAGCCUCUUGGAAAGAAACCUCACUUGGGACUUGACUGCAUGGAUCUCUCUCUAGCACUUUCACUGUAAGAAAACAAGAUGCAUUUUAGAAACUUUAACUACAGUUUUAGCUCCCUGAUUGCCUGUGUAGCAAACAGUGAUAUCUUCAGCGAAAGUGAAACCAGGGCCAAAUUUGAAUCCCUCUUUAGGACUUAUGACAAGGAUAUCACCUUUCAGUAUUUCAAGAGCUUCAAGCGGGUCAGGAUAAACUUCAGCAACCCCUUAUCUGCCGCAGAUGCCAGACUCCAGCUGCAUAAGAAGGAGUUUUUGGGAAAGGAGAUGAAGUUGUAUUUCGCUCAGACUUUGCACAUAGGAAGCUCGCACCUGGCUCCACCAAAUCCAGACAAGCAGUUUCUGAUCUCUCCUCCUGCCUCUCCCCCAGUUGGUUGGAAGCAAGUGGAAGACGCUACUCCAGUCAUAAAUUAUGAUCUUUUAUAUGCUAUCUCCAAGCUGGGGCCAGGGGAAAAGUAUGAAUUGCAUGCAGCAACCGACACCACUCCCAGCGUGGUGGUCCACGUAUGUGAGAGCGAUCAAGAGAACGAGGAAGAGGAGGAGAUGGAAAGAAUGAAGAGACCCAAACCAAAAAUUAUCCAGACCAGAAGGCCAGAGUACACACCUGUCCACCUAAGCUGAACCGGCAUGUGGACGAAGAAGUAUUCCAGAUCAUUCUCAUGGGGAGGAAUCUUUUACUACGGAAGUGGCCAGUCACGAUUUUGGAGGCGGCAGCUGUGAUUGCUGUGGCAGAAAUUCCAGUUCAUGUUGCUCAGAAGAGAAUCAAGGCUUUGUCUCCUUGAUCUAAUGCUGCACAUCAGUCAGUGCUCACGGUACCCAGGAAUGUCUUGGGCCAAUCACUGAGUUUGUAGUGAUCGCUCAAGGACAUUUGGGAAUGUCUUGAGAAAACCGAUCACGAUAGUGUUUUGUACUUGUUCUUUUCUGGUAGGUUCUGUGUGAGCCAAGGGCAGGUUGAUCAGUGGGUUUGGGGAGAGCUUUCUGUCUGUAACCAGCCCAUGGGGUAGACUCUCUACUGGCAGGAAGAGGCACCACGCAAAGCUGCCCAGUGUCUCAUGCAGAAAGGUUGUGCAAACAACAGCAAUGCAAGGUGGAAAUUGUAGUGUUUCAUUUCUUCCCUCAUGUUCUAAAGUUUGUGCAUGUAUAUUACUGAUUUUCAAGACUAACCUUUGUUCGUAUGUGAAGUUACAUCAUUGUUGUUUUGCGUCUCUUGGGAAGCUAGGAAAGCAUUGGAGAAACUUCCACCUUUCCAGAUCCUCAACUCUCUCUACAUCAGCACUCACAGGUGCAGUUCUGCCUGGAGUACACACACUCGGCAUCCCAUCCAGUGCAAUAUGUGACUUGUGCUUUUGCAAAAGAAGUUGAUCUGAAAUUCCUACAUAGAAUUUAGCUUAUACAAUUCAGAGAAUAGCAGUUUCACUGCCAACUUUUAGUGGCUGAGAAAUUUUAGUUUAGGUGUUUGGGGGCCGGACAUCGGUUUCCAGUAUUUCUCUAACAUGGUGGUUUAUAUACAUGAGUUAUAGCCAAAAACCUUUUUGAGAACUGAUGGUUGACAUAGUUGAUUUUUUUACCCCGCUAAAAUAUCAAGAUACACUUGUAAAUAAAGCUGGUAGCAUAUAUUCAUACCUGUUGUACACCUGUUUGAAAAAUAGGACAGUGGAAGAUAGUGUAAGAUGUAUUAACCUACUUGUGAAUUACAUGUUGUAGAAAAUGUUCACAUGUUCAGCAGGACUUGAAUUCAAAGCAUGUAAAGUGGAUAGUGGAUCCGUGGUGAUAUGAGAGGGAUGCAGUGCCUUUCCCCAUUAAUUCCUGGUGGAAUUGUUACACUUGGUCAACAUUUGUCAUUUUUUUUCUAGUUGUGAUGUGUAUGUCUGGUAAAUAGGUAUUAUAUUUUGGCCUUACAAUACUAUUACAAAGUUUAUCAUUUUGAAAUACCUAAUGCCAAGAAACAAUGCAUGCUUUGGAAAUUUGGAAGAUGGCUUUCUUUAAGGAGCAAAUAUGUUUGCAUUAAAUUCUUUGAUUGUUCAUACCAAGAAAUUGAUUGAAUGUUCUCAAAACCCUGUUUACAGUACUUGGUAGGAGGGAGCCAGUAAGGGAGAGACCAUUGCAUAGCUGUUCAAGUGUUUCUAGUUAAGUGCUUUUAAACUGGAGAGGCUAACCUCAAAAUAUUUUUUUUAACUGCAUUCUAUAAUAAAUCAGCACAAUAUGCUCUUUAUGGAAAA